UUGACCGGCCCUGCCCGAUCGCGGAGAUGCUCGGCCGCUUCGCUUCUUGCCCGCGGGCUCCCUCCGCCCCUCUCCCAGCUUAGCGCCGCUUCUGCCGAGGCUUCCCCCGCCUUUGCCUUGCUCUCCCUCCCGCUCGCGGCCGGGGAAAUGCCUCCGCGGACCGAGGGUCCCAAAGCGCCCCGCGAAAGAGUCAUAGUUACAGUUGGACUGUUGGAUGGAAAAGAAGGGGAAACAAAAGAGAGACAAGCAUGUGGAUUCAGCCUUCUCUCUCCAGGCAACAGUGAUAGGAAUGUAGGUCUGAUCCAGGCAAAGUGGGCUUCCUACGAGCUGUGAGAAGGCUCCUGGGCUGCUUUGAACGUGCACAUUGAUCAAGUGGAAAGAAUGGCCCAGGUUCUGCAUAUGGGGACUGCUUUCCCAGGAAAGGUGAAUCCAGCCGCUACUACAAUCUUCCAUGGGAAGGAGCAAGAUCUAACUUACUCGGUGGAGACUCCUUAUGGCUACCGUCUUGAUCUGGACUUUCUGAAAUAUGUGGAUGACAUUGAGAAGGGCCACACUAUUAAGCGCAUCCCAGUUCAUCGCCGACCGCGCUACAACUCAUUGCCCCGGGGCUAUGGCUACACGGGUUCAUGGUGGACAUCCACGGAGUCUCUGUGUUCCAACGCGAGUAUGGACAGCCGCCAUUCCUCCUAUUCUUAUUGCGGCCGUAGCUUCUACCCACAGUACCCGAAUGCCAUUCACAGCAAUUUCAAUGCCCGCGUGGAGAAAACGUUGCUGGAUGCUAGAAAGAAGUUAGAAGAUCAGGCAGACCUAGAUGGGGAAACCCCCACAGCAAGUAGUCUAGGAAGCCUCCACAGCAGCGUAUCCGGAUCAACAAAUUCCUUAGUUGGAAGCCAGGGUAUUUCCCAGCCAACGUCUUACAAUAGCUCACACCAAGGUGCUCCUGGACAAUUGACACCCAUCGGUUCUGGGUUAUCCACUCCCGUCUCACCAACCCCAGGACAUCUUCAGUAUGUUCGGGAGCAGAUGGCUGUGGCUUUGAAGAAGUUGCGCCAAUUGGAAGAACAGGUCAAGAUGAUCCCAGUCCUUCAGGUGAAGAUCUCGGUGCUCCAGGAAGAGAAAAGGCAGCUAAGCGUUCAGCUCAAGAGCCAGAAGUUCUUGGGGCACCCGGGAGGGUUUGGCAAGGGGAAACCACGAGGGGAGCUCUACAUAGACAUCCCUGAGGAGGGUGUAGGUGGAGACACGGAGGACAGCAGGAACAGGGCUGACACGAAGGGCAAAUUGGAUAAGAAAGAAGUGAGGUCAGUGGGUGUGGGAAGGACAGUCGAAGAUGGAGAAGCGAAUGUGAACAUGGGAAGAUGUGACGUAGGGGUAGCAGUCAAGGAGGAGGAGUUGGGAUUGCCUUCUUCCCCAGAAGUGGAGCAGCAAUGCCAAGCGAUUCAGACCUUAUCCACCAAAAUUGCUGUGUUAGAAACACAAUUGAAGAGAGCACUUCAAGAUCUCCAAGCUGCCCAUCAGAAACUGGAGCACCUGGACAGGGAGAAGAAAGACAAAGAAACCUCGACAAGAGAUGGGGGUCCGAUGGAAGCAAAGGGGGAAGGUGCACAGCAGUGGGAGGCCCCCAUUCGGGUUGAUGCCGUCAAAGUGGUCCAAGUGGAAAGGGAGCCGGAGAUUGCAGCCAGCGUAGCUACCGGACCUCAGAGGGCCCAGGCCCUGGAGAGCAAGGAGCCCUAUGCCAGCCUCAGGCCGUCCGCAGGCAAAGAUUCAGUCUCUGAGAAAGUCCCAAAGGUUCAGUCCCAGGUGCCACUUUGUGCCACGUACCAGAGAAGUGAGGUGAUGGAAACCACUUUCCCAAUUCACAUUGGAGCAGCAAACACAGCAACAACUUUUCACUCUGUGAAGAAGAUCAGCAUUGUCAACACAGAAGAAGAUGGGGAUGGAAGUGAAGAAACAAGAGAGGUCGAAGAAUCACUGGAGAAAAAGGAAGAUCCCCUUCUUUACUCCUUCCAAGGAGAGCAGGUGGUUCCUUGUGUCUCUCAAGAAGCUAAAUUGGAUGUGCAGAAGGAGGAAGAGGAUCAAGUUUCAUCCACUGCAGGGAUCCGGUCAAUUAUGAAGAAGAAAGAAGAAUCUACGGAAAUACUGACUAGCAAGAAGAGCCUCCAGUUUGUGGGCGUCAAUGGAGGGUAUGAGUCUACCUCCUCUGAGGACUCCAGCACAGCUGAGAACAUCUCAGACAACGAAAGCACUGAGAGUGAAUACCACGAGGCAAGUGAGGGCCUCCAGGCCGGGCAGGGAACUGUAGAUGAAGCUCUGAAGCUUUCUGAAAUGACCACAGAGACAUUACAUCCUGUCCCUGUCGAGGUGGGGAAAAUAACCACAGCAGAGCCAGCAGGCAAAACGAGGUUGGGUCUCAGCAAGGAAUUGCUUUCAGCUUGUGCAGUUCUUCAGAAAUACUUAGAGAGUUCGAAUCCACAAAUGGAUGAAGAAACGAAAUUAGCCUAUGGCUCAAUGCUUCACUAUUGGCUCAAGCUUUCCUGCCACAAAGAAGCCGAUUCAGAGUUGAUCUCGCUGCACUUGACGGAAUUCCGGGCUGUUUCCCCGCAGUUGCUAGAAUUCAUCAUCAAUAUGGCAGAUGCCAAUGGCAACACGGCCCUGCAUUAUACAGUCUCGCAUUCCAACUUCCCCCUGGUUGCAAAGCUGCUUGAAACCGGUUUGUGUCAUGUGGACCAACAGAACAAAGCUGGCUACACAGCCAUCAUGCUCACGGCACUGGCUGCCUCCCAGACAGAGGGUGACAUGGAGACGAUUAUGCAGCUACUGAAAAGUGGCAACGUGAACGCCAAAGCCAGCCAGGCUGGGCAGACGGCGUUGAUGUUAGCGGUCAGCCAUGGACGACUGGAGAUGGUGCGCGCCUUGUUAGCAAGUUCAGCAGAUGUCAACCUGCAAGACGAUGAUGGCUCUACUGCACUGAUGUGUGCCUGUGAACAUGGCCAUGCUGAGAUUGUCCGCCUGCUGUUGGCUAUCCCUGAGUGUGAUGUUGCCCAGUCAGACAAUGAUGGCAGCACAGCUCUCUCCAUCGCCAUAGAAGCAGAUCAAAAUGACAUCGCAGUCAUGCUGUACACUCACUUGAACUUUGCCAAAGCCACAUCACUGGAUACCUUGGAGCAGCUGGAGCCUGAAAAUGCAGAUACAACACUCAGUGGUUCUCUAUAACUCCAAAUAAGAUAUUGUUAUCCAAAUGUUUUCUUACUUCUGCUUGAAACUUUGGCAGUCUGGAUGAAGGAAAUAUAUAUAUCAACAAAACCAUAUC